AUGGGGUUUGGGAAAGGGCUGCAGAUGCCCUUAUGGGCCCUAGUGUUAACGAUCUGCUGUAUCCAACAGAAAGUUUCUAGCACAGAGAGUGUAUCUGGAAAAGUUACCAUCAUCCCACCACUGACAACAACACCAGUUAUAACAUCAUUCAACCCAGCUCACAAUGGGAAAGUGUGUAGCACGUGGGGCAAAUUCCACUUCAAGACAUUUGAUGGGGACAUCUAUCGUUUCACUGGCCUCUGCAACUAUGUCUUUUCCUCCCAUUGCAAUGCUGCCUUUGAGGACUUCAACAUCCAAAUCAGGCACACAAUGAUGGGAAACAAUGUCACUAUUAGUACAGUGACCAUGAGGACUGAUGGGGUCGAUUUUGAAAUGGAAUCGGAUACCAUUUUGGUUAAUGGUGAAAGGGUUCAGCAGCCUUACAGUGGCCCUGGAUUUCUUAUUGAGAGAGUUAGCAACUAUGUGAAAGUGACUGUGAAGAUAGGCCUGGUAUUAAUGUGGAAUGAAGCAGACAGCUUAAUGAUGGAGCUGGAUGAAAAAUAUGCCAAUCAGACCUGUGGGCUUUGUGGGGAUUUUAAUGGCAUUCCAACUUACAAUGAAUUCUUUUCAAACCAUGCCCACAUAACUGCCUUGCAAUUUGGGAAUAUGCAGAAGCUGAAUGGGCCAACAGAAGACUGCGAGGAUCCCGCACCAGCCCCUCUAAGCAACUGCACUGAUGAAUACAAUAUAUGCCGUAGUGUACUGAAUGGCCCUGAAUUCUUUGAAUGCAAUGAUAUAGUGGGGGUGGAGGACUACAUUGAGGCUUGUGUACAAGACUUGUGCCUCUGUGACCAACCUGAAAUAACCUCCUGCCUCUGUGAUACUUUUGCUGAAUACUCCCGCCAGUGUGCUCAUGCUGGGGGGCACCCUCAAAACUGGAGAACCCCAGAACUGUGCUUCAACACAUGUCCAUACAACAUGGAGUAUCAAGAAUGUGGGUCCCCCUGUACUGACACGUGCACCAAUGCUGAAAGGUCUCAACUCUGUGAAGACCACUGUGUGGAUGGAUGCUUCUGUCCUCCAGGAACUCUAUAUGAUGACAUUAACAGCUCUGGUUGCAUUCCCCUUGAGCAGUGUUCCUGUGUUUACAAUGGCAAAUCCUAUGCUCCAGGGACAACGUAUUCAGAUUACUCCCGUUCUUGUUCCUGCACUGGAGGCCAGUGGAGCUGCACAGAGCUUCCGUGUCCUGGCAUUUGCUCAGUAGAGGGUGGAUCACACAUCUCCACUUACGAUGAAAAACGUUAUAAUGUCCAUGGAGACUGUACUUAUGUUCUCUCUAAGGUCUGUGAAGAAGACACAUUUACCGUUCUGGGAGAAAUCCGCAGGUGUGGCCUAACAGAAACUGAGACAUGCUUAAAGAUGGUAGCCAUAAACAUCAAUGGAGACCAGACUAGCAUUGUGGUCAAGCCUAAUGGUGGUGUGUUUGUAAACUGGAUCUACACUCAGCUUCCUAUCUCAGCAGCUAAUGUGACCAUCUUCAGACCUUCAUCUUUUGUCCUCAUUGUGCAAACAAACUUGGGAAUUCAGAUGGAGAUCCAGCUCGUACCCAUAAUGCAACUGUUUGUUUAUCUAGACCCAUCUUUCAAAGGGAAGACAUGUGGCCUCUGUGGAAACUUUAACAGCCAGCAGACAGAUGACUUCAAAGCUAUAAGUGGUGUGGUGGAAGGAACAGCAGCUGCAUUUGCUAACACCUGGAAAACCCAGGCCGCAUGUCCCAACAUCAAGCAGAAUUUUGAAGAUCCUUGCACGCUCAGCAUUGAAAAUGAAAAAUAUGCCCAGCAUUGGUGUAGAUUACUGACUGAUCCUGCAGGACCUUUUAGCAAAUGCCACCCCUCAGUGAAUCCAGCUGCUUAUCAACAGAACUGCAUGUUUGACACCUGCAACUGUGAGAGAAGUGAAGACUGCAUGUGUGCUGCCCUCUCGUCCUAUGUCAGAGCCUGUGCAGCCAAAGGAAUUCAACUCUCUGGAUGGAGGACCAAUGUCUGUACCAAAUACACCACUUUGUGCCCCAAAUCCCUGAAUUAUAGCUACACCAUCACUUCCUGUCAACCUACCUGCCGAUCUCUGAGUGAACCUGAUGUCACCUGCAAUAUCAGAUUUGUGCCAGUUGAUGGAUGUACAUGUGAAAGUGGAACCUACAUGGAUGACUCUGGAAAAUGUGUGCCUGCUAACCAAUGUCCCUGUUAUUACAGGGGAACACCAGUACUUUCUGGUGAAGUACACCAUGACCUUGGCAUUGUAUGCACUUGUCAUCAAGGGAAGCUGAACUGCAUUGGAGAUGUGGAUUCAAGUAAAGUCUGUGCUGCCCCCAUGGUCUACUUUGACUGCAGAAAUGCCUCUGCAGGCACUACUGGAGCUGAAUGUCAGAAGAGCUGUCAGACUCUUGAUAUGCAGUGUUACAGCACAGAGUGUGUGUCAGGCUGCAUGUGCCCCAGUGGGCUAGUGACAGAUGGUAACGGAGGCUGCAUUGCUAUGGAAGAGUGUCCAUGUAUUCACAACGAUGCCACUUAUAAGCCAGGAGAAAAGAUCAAAGCUGACUGCAACACCUGUGUAUGUAAGAACAGAAUGUGGCAAUGCACUACAGAUCGAUGCCUGGGAACUUGUGCUGUUUAUGGAGAUGGGCAUGUUAUCACCUUUGAUGACAAGCGGUAUAAUUUCAAUGGGAAGUGUGAAUAUACACUAGUCCAGGAUCACUGUGGGCAGAACAACUCCACCCAGGGAACAUUCCGAAUCAUCACUGAAAACGUUCCCUGUGGCACAACUGGAACCACUUGCUCAAAAUCUAUUAAACUGUUCUUGGGGAACUAUGAAUUGAUAUUUAGAGAGGAGCACCAUGAAGUAGUACAAAGAGGUGAUGGAGGUCAGCUACCCUACAGAAUUCGCUACAUGGGCAUUUACUUGGUGGUUGAGACCAACAAUGGACUAAUUCUCUUAUGGGACAAGAAAACAAGUAUAUUUAUCAAACUUAGUGCUAAUUUCAAGGGUCAGGUCUGUGGCUUAUGUGGGAACUACGAUGGCAAUGGAAUUAAUGACUUUACAACCCGGAGCCAGUCUGUAGUAGGUGAUGUACUAGAAUUUGGAAACAGCUGGAAGGUGUCUCCCACUUGUCCGGAUGCCAAAUGCACAAAAGAUCCCUGCUCCAAGAACCCUUACAGAAAAUCCUGGUCACAGAAGCAAUGCAGCAUCAUCAACAGUAAGGCCUUUGCUGCCUGCCACUCUCAGGUUGAACCAACUAAAUAUUAUGAAGCUUGCGUGACUGAUGCCUGUGCCUGUGACACCGGGGGAGACUGUGAAUGCUUUUGUACAGCCGUGGCUGCCUAUGCUCAAGCAUGUAGUGAAUUUGGUGUGUGCAUAUCAUGGAGAUCACCAUCAGUGUGUCCAAUGUUCUGUGACUAUUACAAUGCUGAAGGAGAAUGUGAUUGGCAUUACAAGCCUUGUGGAGCCCCAUGCAUGAAGACAUGUAGGAACCCAAGUGGGAGAUGCCUUCAUCAGUUGCCUGGCUUGGAAGGCUGCUACCCAUACUGUCCAGCAGAUAAGCCCUAUUUCAAUGAAGAUGAGAUGAAAUGUGUUGACGUUUGCGGCUGUUAUGAUGAUUACGGUGACUACCACCCACCAGGAACAACCUUUGAAUCAAGAGAGAACUGUCAAUCCUGCACAUGCACCAGUAAAGGCAACGAGUGCAGCUACAAUGCUGAAGCAUGCUACUGCUAUUAUGAAGGGAAGACAUACGUCUACAAAGAUGUCAUCUACAACACCACAGAUGGCUUGGGCUGGUGCAUGCAAGCAACCUGUGAUGUCAAUGGAACAAUCCACAGAGAACUCUACAAAUGCAAUGAAGUUACCACACCACCAUUUGCGUUUACUACCACUUCAACACCAAGAUCAAUUACAUCAGCAGCAGCAGCAACAACAACAUGUGUCCACAGAGUAUGUGAAUGGACAAAAUGGUAUGAUGUCAGCUACCCAAAAUAUGGGGUAAAUGAUGGAGAUUAUGAAACGCCUGAUAAUAUAAGAGAAAAAGGAUACAGUUUAUGCAAAUUGCCAGAUGAAAUAGAAUGCAGAGCUAAGCACCUCCCAAAUGAAAAGCUAGAGUCACUCAAUCAAAAGCUACAAUGUAACAAGAAAAAUGGACUUAUUUGUAACAAUAAGGAUCAGAUACCACCAAUCUGUAACAACUAUGAAGUAAGAUUCUUAUGCUGUAUGUAUAUACCAUGUGUAACAACAUCCAAACCAAUCACUACCAUCGAAGAAACGACCAUACCAAUAAAAACAUCAAUAACAACCCCUGGAGUUGUUUCCACUGCAACAGCCACAUCUCUGCAAUCCACACCCGUCUCCAAACCAAAGACGACCCUAGCAACCGAGGCCACCACGCCCCAAACCACCGUUGGCACCAUCGGCACCACGACUACUCCCGCACCCCCAGGUUCCACUCCAGGGAUGCCCAGCACCACCUGCCAGCCCAAGUGUCUGUGGACCACGUGGUUUAACACAAAUGUCCCAACAUACGGACCAGAGGGCGGUGACCUGGAGACCUACGAUAGCAUCCGAGCCAAGGGAGGCCUGUUCUGCAAGAACCCUCAACAAAUCCAAUGCCGGGCCGUAAACUACCGUGACGUCAGCCUGCAAUUGCUUGGACAAAAACUCCGGUGCGAGCUUGGCCUUGGACUCGUGUGCAACAAUUCUCAACAGACAGGAAAGUACAAGAUGUGCUACGACUACGAGGUCAAAAUGCUCUGCUGUGACGACUACACACACUGCCAGCCGACGACCACGACACAGAGCACGACAGGGACCAUCCGCACCACAGCUGCAGGAGUCAGCACGACCGGAGCUACCACUCUACCGGCUUCCUCCACGGGUUCCAUGCCGACUCCCCCUCUUCCUACAACCACCCAAAGAACUACUGUGGUGACGACCAGUCCCGCAGUAACACCUGGUUCCACGAUGACUCCCCCUCUUCAGACAACCACUCAGACCACCACAGUGGUGACCACAAGCCCAGCAGAAACACCUGGAAGCUCAACAGCCACAACUCUUGCCACUCUGCUUCCCACUGCCCCACCCUCACAACCAGGCUUGGUCAGCACACCGGCUGUCACCCCUGGAACUGUCCCCACUGUGACAGCCACAUCUCUGCAAUCCACACCCGUCCCCAAACCAAAGACGACCCUAGCGACCGAGGCCACCACGCCCCAAACCACCGUUGGCACCAUCGGCACCACGACUACUCCCGCACCCCCAGGUUCCACUCCAGGGAUGCCCAGCACCACCUGCCAGCCCAAGUGUCUGUGGACCACGUGGUUUAACACAAAUGUCCCAACAUACGGACCAGAGGGCGGUGACCUGGAGACCUACGAUAGCAUCCGAGCCAAGGGAGGCCUGUUCUGCAAGAACCCUCAACAAAUCCAAUGCCGGGCCGUAAACUACCGUGACGUCAGCCUGCAAUUGCUUGGACAGAAACUCCGGUGCGAGCUUGGCCUUGGACUCGUGUGCAACAAUUCUCACCAGACAGGAAAGUACAAGAUGUGCUACGACUACGAGGUCAGAAUGCUCUGCUGUGACGACUACACACACUGCCAGCCGACGACCACGACACAGAGCACGACAGGGACCAUCCGCACCACAGCUGCAGGAGUCAGCACGACCGGAGCUACCACUCUACCGGCUUCCUCCACGGGUUCCAUGCCGACUCCCCCUCUUCCUACAACCACCCAAAGAACUACUGUGGUGACGACCAGUCCAGCAGUAACACCUGGUUCCACGAUGACUCCCCCUCUUCAGACAACCACUCAGACCACCACAGUGGUGACCACAAGCCCAGCAGAAACACCUGGAAGCUCAACAGCCACAACUCUUGCCACUCUGCUUCCCACUGCCCCACCCUCACAACCAGGCUUGGUCAGCACGCCGGCUGUCACCCCUGGAACUCUCCCCACCGUGACAGCCACAUCUCUGCAAUCCACACCCGUCUCCAAACCAAAGACGACCCUAGCGACCGAGGCCACCACGCCCCAAACCACCGUUGGCACCAUCGGCACCACGACUACUCCCGCACCCCCAGGUUCCACUCCAGGGAUGCCCAGCACCACCUGCCAGCCCAAGUGUCUGUGGACCACGUGGUUUAACACAAAUGUCCCAACAUACGGACCAGAGGGCGGUGACCUGGAGACCUACGAUAGCAUCCGAGCCAAGGGAGGCCUGUUCUGCAAGAACCCUCAACAAAUCCAAUGCCGGGCCGUAAACUACCGUGACGUCAGCCUGCAAUUGCUUGGACAGAAACUCCGGUGCGAGCUUGGCCUUGGACUCGUGUGCAACAAUUCUCACCAGACAGGAAAGUACAAGAUGUGCUACGACUACGAGGUCAGAAUGCUCUGCUGUGACGACUACACACACUGCCAGCCGACGACCACGACACAGAGCACGACAGGGACCAUCCGCACCACAGCUGCAGGAGUCAGCACGACGGGGACCAUCCGCACCACAGCUGCAGGAGUCAGCACGACCGGAGCUACCACUCUACCGGCUUCCUCCACGGGUUCCAUGCCGACUCCCCCUCUUCCUACAACCACCCAAAGAACUACUGUGGUGACGACCAGUCCAGCAGUAACACCUGGUUCCACGAUGACUCCCCCUCUUCAGACAACCACUCAGACCACCACAGUGGUGACCACAAGCCCAGCAGAAACACCUGGAAGCUCAACAGCCACAACUCUUGCCACUCUGCUUCCCACUGCCCCACCCUCAAAACCAGGCUUGGUCAGCACGCCGGCUGUCACCCCUGGAACUGUCCCCACCGUGACAGCCACAUCUCUGCAAUCCACACCCGUCUCCAAACCAAAGACGACCCUAGUGACCGAGGCCACCACGCCCCAAACCACCGUUGGCACCAUCGGCACCACGACUACUCCCGCACCCCCAGGUUCCACUCCAGGGAUGCCCAGCACCACCUGCCAGCCCAAGUGUCUGUGGACCACGUGGUUUAACACAAAUGUCCCAACAUACGGACCAGAGGGCGGUGACCUGGAGACCUACGAUAGCAUCCGAGCCAAGGGAGGCCUGUUCUGCAAGAACCCUCAACAAAUCCAAUGCCGGGCCGUAAACUACCGUGACGUCAGCCUGCAAUUGCUUGGACAAAAACUCCGGUGCGAGCUUGGCCUUGGACUCGUGUGCAACAAUUCUCACCAGACAGGAAAGUACAAGAUGUGCUACGACUACGAGGUCAGAAUGCUCUGCUGUGACGACUACAAACACUGCCAGCCGACGACCACGACACAGAGCACGACAGGGACCAUCCGCACCACAGCUGCAGGAGUCAGCACGACCGGAGCUACCACUCUACCGGCUUCCUCCACGGGUUCCAUGCCGACUCCCCCUCUUCCUACAACCACCCAAAGAACUACUGUGGUGACGACCAGUCCAGCAGUAACACCUGGUUCCACGAUGACUCCCCCUCUUCAGACAACCACUCAGACCACCACAGUGGUGACCACAAGCCCAGCAGAAACACCUGGAAGCUCAACAGCCACAACUCUUGCUACUCUGCUUCCCACUGCCCCACCCUCACAACCAGGCUUGGUCAGCACACCGGCUGUCACCCCUGGAACUCUCCCCACCGUGACAGCCACAUCUCUGCAAUCCACACCCGUCUCCAAACCAAAGACGACCCUAGCGACCGAGGCCACCACGCCCCAAACCACCGUUGGCACCAUCGGCACCACGACUACUCCAGCACCCCCAGGUUCCACUCCAGGGAUGCCCAGCACCACCUGCCAGCCCAAGUGUCUGUGGACCACGUGGUUUAACACAAAUGUCCCAAAAUACGGACCAGAGGGCGGUGACCUGGAGACCUACGAUAGCAUCCGAGCCAAGGGAGGCCUGUUCUGCAAGAACCCUCAACAAAUCCAAUGCCGGGCCGUAAACUACCGUGACAUCAGCCUGCAAUUGCUUGGACAGAAACUCCGGUGCGAGCUUGGCCUUGGACUCGUGUGCAACAAUUCUCACCAGACAGGAAAGUACAAGAUGUGCUACGACUACGAGGUCAGAAUGCUCUGCUGUGACGACUACACACACUGCCAGCCGACGACCACGACACAGAGCACGACAGGGACCAUCCGCACCACAGCUGCAGGAGUCAGCACGACCGGAGCUACCACUCUACCGGCUUCCUCCACGGGUUCCAUGCCGACUCCCCCUCUUCCUACAACCACCCAAAGAACUACUGUGGUGACGACCAGCCCAGCAGUAACACCUGGUUCCACGAUGACUCCCCCUCUUCAGACAACCACUCAGACCACCACAGUGGUGACCACAAGCCCAGCAGAAACACCUGGAAGCUCAACAGCCACAACUCUUGCCACUCUGCUUCCCACUGCCCCACCCUCACAACCAGGCUUGGUCAGCACGCCGGCUGUCACCCCUGGAACUGUCCCCACCGUGACAGCCACAUCUCUGCAAUCCACACCCGUCUCCAAACCAAAGACGACCCUAGCGACCGAGGCCACCACGCCCCAAACCACCGUCAUCACCACGACUACCCCAGCACCCCCAGGUUCCACUCCAGGGACAACCAUCGAGACCGCCGCAACCAUGCCCCAAACCACCAUAAGCACAAAAUAUUCCACACUGACUUCCCCUGUUCAUGUAACCACUCAGACAACCACAGUGGUGACCACAAGCCCAGCAGAAACACCUGGAAGCUCAACAGCCACAACUCUUGCCACUCUGCUUCCCACUGCCCCACCCUCACAACCAGGCUUGGUCAGCACACCGGCUGUCAUCCCUGGAACUGUCCCCACCGUGACAGCCACAUCUCUGCAAUCCACACCCGUCUCCAAACCAAAGACGACCCUAGCGACCGAGGCCACCACGCCCCAAACCACCGUUGGCACCAUCGGCACCACGACUACUCCCGCACCCCCAGGAUCCACUCCAGGGAUGCCCAGCACCACCUGCCAGCCCAAGUGUCUGUGGACCACGUGGUUUAACACAAAUGUCCCAACAUACGGACCAGAGGGCGGUGACCUGGAGACCUACGAUAGCAUCCGAGCCAAGGGAGGCCUGUUCUGCAAGAACCCUCAACAAAUCCAAUGCCGGGCCGUAAACUACCGUGACGUCAGCCUGCAAUUGCUUGGACAAAAACUCCGGUGCGAGCUUGGCCUUGGACUCGUGUGCAACAAUUCUCAACAGACAGGAAAGUACAAGAUGUGCUACGACUACGAGGUCAAAAUGCUCUGCUGUGACGACUACACACACUGCCAGCCGACGACCACGACACAGAGCACGACAGGGACCAUCCGCACCACAGCUGCAGGAGUCAGCACGACCGGAGCUACCACUCUACCGGCUUCCUCCACGGGUUCCAUGCCGACUCCCCUUCUUCCUACAACCACCCAAAGAACUACUGUGGUGACGACCAGUCCAGCAGUAACACCUGGUUCCACAAUGACUCCCCCUCUUCAGACAACCACUCAGACCACCACAGUGGUGACCACAAGCCCAGCAGAAACACCUGGAAGCUCAACAGCCACAACUCUUGCCACUCUGCUUCCCACUGCCCCACCCUCACAACCAGGCUUGGUCAGCACGCCGGCUGUCACCCCUGGAACUGUCCCCACCGUGACAGCCACAUCUCUGCAAUCCACACCCGUCUCCAAACCAAAGACGACCCUAGCGACCGAGGCCACCACGCCCCAAACCACCGUUGGCACCAUCGGCACCACGACUACUCCCGCACCCCCAGGUUCCACUCCAGGGAUGCCCAGCACCACCUGCCAGCCCAAGUGUCUGUGGACCACGUGGUUUAACACAAAUGUCCCAACAUACGGACCAGAGGGCGGUGACCUGGAGACCUACGAUAGCAUCCGAGCCAAGGGAGGCCUGUUCUGCAAGAACCCUCAACAAAUCCAAUGCCGGGCCGUAAGCUACCGUGACGUCAGCCUGCAAUUGCUUGGACAGAAACUCCGGUGCGAGCUUGGCCUUGGACUCGUGUGCAACAAUUCUCACCAGACAGGAAAGUACAAGAUGUGCUACGACUACGAGGUCAGAAUGCUCUGCUGUGACGACUACACACACUGCCAGCUGACGACCACGACACAGAGCACGACAGGGACCAUCCGCACCACAGCUGCAGGAGUCAGCACGACGGGGACCAUCCGCACCUCAGCUGCAGGAGUCAGCACGACCGGAGCUACCACUCUACCGGCUUCCUCCACGGGUUCCAUGCCGACUCCCCCUCUUCCUACAACCACCCAAAGAACUACUGUGGUGACGACCAGUCCAGCAGUAACACCUGGUUCCACGAUGACUCCCCCUCUUCAGACAACCACUCAGACCACCACAGUGGUGACCACAAGCCCAGCAGAAACACCUGGAAGCUCAACAGCCACAACUCUUGCCACUCUGCUUCCCACUGCCCCACCCUCACAACCAGGCUUGUUCAGCACGCCGGCUGUCACCCCUGGAACUGUCCCCACCGUGACAGCCACAUCUCUGCAAUCCACACCCGUCUCCAAACCAAAGACGACCCUAGCGACCGAGGCCACCACGCCCCAAACCACCGUUGGCACCAUCGGCACCACGACUACUCCCGCACCCCCGGGUUCCACUCCAGGGAUGCCCAGCACCACCUGCCAGCCCAAGUGUCUGUGGACCACGUGGUUUAACACAAAUGUCCCAACAUACGGACCAGAGGGCGGUGACCUGGAGACCUACGAUAGCAUCCGAGCCAAGGGAGGCCUGUUCUGCAAGAACCCUCAACAAAUCCAAUGCCGGGCCGUAAACUACCGUGACGUCAGCCUGCAAUUGCUUGGACAAAAACUCCAGUGCGAGCUUGGCCUUGGACUCGUGUGCAACAAUUCUCAACAGACAGGAAAGUACAAGAUGUGCUACGACUACGAGGUCAGAAUGCUCUGCUGUGACGACUAUACACACUGCCAGCCGACGACCACGACACAGAGCACGACAGGGACCAUCCGCACCACAGCUGCAGGAGUCAGCACGACCGGAGCUACCACUCUACCGGCUUCCUCCACGGGUUCCAUGCCGACUCCCCCUAUUCCUACAACCACCCAAAGAACUACUGUGGUGACGACCAGUCCAGCAGUAACACCUGGUUCCACGAUGACUCCCCCUCUUCAGACAACCACUCAGACCACCACAGUGGUGACCACAAGCCCAGCAGAAACACCUGGAAGCUCAACAGCCACAACUCUUGCCACUCUGCUUCCCACUGCCCCACCCUCACAACCAGGCUUGGUCAGCACACCGGCUGUCACCCCUGGAACUGUCCCCACCGUGACAGCCACAUCUCUGCAAUCCACACCCGUCUCCAAACCAAAGACGACCCUAGCGACCGAGGCCACCACGCCCCAAACCACCAUCGGCACCAUCGGCACCACGACUACUCCCGCACCCCCAGGUUCCACUCCAGGGAUGCCCAGCACCACCUGCCAGCCCAAGUGUCUGUGGACCACGUGGUUUAACACAAAUGUCCCAACAUACGGACCAGAGGGCGGUGACCUGGAGACCUACGAUAGCAUCCGAGCCAAGGGAGGCCUGUUCUGCAAGAACCCUCAACAAAUCCAAUGCCGGGCCGUAAACUACCAUGACGUCAGCCUGCAAUUGCUUGGACAGAAACUCCGGUGCGAGCUUGGCCUUGGACUCGUGUGCAACAAUUCUCACCAGACAGGAAAGUACAAGAUGUGCUACGACUACGAGGUCAAAAUGCUCUGCUGUGACGACUACACACACUGCCAAGGGACAACCACGACACAGAGCACGACAGGGACCAUCCGCACCACAGCUGCAGGAGUCAGCACGACCGGAGCUACCACUCUACCGGGUUCCUCCAUGGGUUCCAUGCCGACUCCCCCUCUUCCUACAACCACCCAAAGAACUACUGUGGUGACGACCAGCCCAGCAGUAACACCUGGUUCCACGAUGACUCCCCCUCUUCAGACAACCACUCAGACCACCACAGUGGUGACCACAAGCCCAGCAGAAACACCUGGAAGCUCAACAGCCACAACUCUUGCCACUCUGCUUCCCACUGCCCCACCCUCACAACCAGGCUUGGUCAGCACACCGGCUGUCACCCCUGGAACUGUCCCCACCGUGACAGCCACAUCUCUGCAAUCCACACCCGUCUCCAAACCAAAGACGACCCUAGCGACCGAGGCCACCACGCCCCAAACCACCGUCAGCACCAUGACUACCCCAGCACCCCCAGGUUCCACUCCAGGGACAACCCUCGAGACCGCCGCAACCAUGCCCCAAACCACCAUAAGCACAAAAUAUUCCACACUGACUUCCCCUGUUCAUGUAACCACUCAGACCACCACAGUGGUGACCACAAGCCCAGCAGAAACACCUGGAAGGUCAACAGCCACAACUCUUGCCACUCCGCUUCCCACUGCCCCACCCUCACAACCAGGCUUGGUCAGCACGCCGGCUGUCACCCCUGGAACUGUCCCCACCGUGACAGCCACAUCUCUGCAAUCCACACCCGUCUCCAAACCAAAGACGACCCUAGCGACCGAGGCCACCACGCCCCAAACCACCGUUGGCACCAUCGGCACCACGACUACUCCCGCACCCCCAGGUUCCACUCCAGGAAUGCCCAGCACCACCUGCCAGCCCAAGUGUCUGUGGACCACGUGGUUUAACACAAAUGUCCCAACAUACGGACCAGAGGGCGGUGACCUGGAGACCUACGAUAGCAUUCGAGCCAAGGGAGGCCAGUUCUGCAAGAACCCUCAACAAAUCCAAUGCCGGGCCGUAAACUACCGUGACGUCAGCCUGCAAUUGCUUGGACAGAAACUCCGGUGCGAGCUUAGCCUUGGACUCGUGUGCAACAAUUCUCACCAGACAGGAAAGUACAAGAUGUGCUACGACUACGAGGUCAGAAUGCUCUGCUGUGACGACUAUACACACUGCCAGCCGACAACCACGACACAGAGCACGACAGGGACCACCCGCACCACAGCUGCAGGAGUCAGCACGACCGGAGCUACCACUCUACCGGCUUCCUCCACGGGUUCCAUGCCGACUCCCCCUCUUCCUACAACCACCCAAAGAACUACUGUGGUGACGACCAGCCCAGCAGUAACACCUGGUUCCACGAUGACUCCCCCUUUUCAGACAACCACUCAGACCACCACAGUGGUGACCACAAGCCCAGCAGAAACACCUGGAAGCUCAACAGCCACAACUCUUGCCACUCUGCUUCCCACUGCCCCACCCUCACAACCAGGCUUGGUCAGCACGCCGGCUGUCACCCCUGGAACUGUCCCCACCGUGACAGCCACAUCUCUGCAAUCCACACCCGUCUCCAAACCAAAGACGACCCUAGCGACCGAGGCCACCACGCCCCAAACCACCGUCAGCACCACGACUACCCCCGUACCCCCAGGUUCCACUCCAGGGACAACCAUCGAGACCGCCGCAACCAUGCCCCAAACCACCAUAAGCACAAAAUAUUCCACACUGACUUCCCCUGUUCAUGUAUCCACUCAGACCACCACAGUGGUGACCACAAGCCCAGCAGAAACACCUGGUUCCACGAUGACUCCCCCUCUUCAGACAACCACUCAGACCACCACAGUGGUGACCACAAGCCCAGCAGAAACACCUGGAAGGUCAACAGCCACAACUCUUGCCACUCCGCUUCCCACUGCCCCACCCUCACAACCAGGCUUGGUCAGCACGCCGGCUGUGACCCCUGGAACUGUCCCCACCGUGACAGCCACAUCUCUGCAAUCCACACCCGUCUCCAAAGCAAAGACGACCCUAGCGACCGAGGCCACCACGCCCCAAACCACCGUCAGCACCACGGCUACCCCCGCACCCCCAGGUUCCACUCCAGGGACAACCAUCGAGACCGCCGCAACCAUGCCCCAAACCACCAUAAGCACAAAAUAUUCUACACUGACUUCCCCUGUUCAUGUAACUACCCACACCACCACAUUGGUGUCCAGAACUCCAGCAGAAACGCCCAGUAGCUCAAGGGCCACAACUCUUGCCACUCUUCUUCCCACCGUCCCCCCCACUCAACCAGCCUUGGUCAGCACACCAGCAGUCACCUCUGAAACUGUCUCCACCGUGACAGCCACAUCUCUCCAAUCCACACCCAUCUCCAAACCGAUGACAACCAUAGUGAGCGAGGCCACUACACCCCAAACCACCAUUAAAACCAUUGGAACCACAACUCCUCCUACACCCCCGGGUUCCACUUCUGGGACGCUCAGCACCACUUGCCAACCUAAAUGUCGGUGGACCGCGUGGUUUGACAUGAACGACCCAACGUCCGAUAAAGAUGGUGGCGAUCUGGAGACCUACGAUAGCAUCCGAGCCAAUGGUGGCCAGUUCUGUGACAACCCGCAAGAUAUUGAGUGCCGGGCUGAAAAGCACCCUGAUGUCAGCCUGGACAUCCUUGGACAGAAACUCCGGUGCGAGCUUGGCCUUGGACUCGUGUGCAACAAUUCUGACCAGACAGGAAAUUACACGAUGUGCUACAACUACCAGGUCAGAUUCCGCUGUUGUGAUGACUACACACACUGCCAGCUGACAACCACGACACAGAGCACAACAGGGACCACCCUCACUACAGUUGCAAGAGUCAGCACAACCAGCGCUACUACUCUCCCAGCUUCCUCCACGGGUUCCAUACCGACUCCCCCUCUUCCUACAACCACCCAAAGAACUACUGUGGUGACGACCAGCCCAGCAGUAACACCUGGUUCCACGAUGACUCCCUCUCUUCAGACAACCACUCAGACCACCACAGUGGUGACCACAAGCCCAGCAGAAACACCUGGAAGGUCAACAGCCACAACUCUUGCCACUCUGCUUCCCACUGCCCCACCCUCACAACCAGGCUUGGUCAGCACCCCGGCUGUCACCCCUGGAACUGUCCCCACCGUGACAGCCACAUCUCUGCAAUCCACACCCGUCUCCAAACCAAUAUCAACCAUAGCAACUGAGGCGACAUCAUCCCAAACCAUCGCCAGCACAGUUGCCCUGCUGACUACUCUAAAGCCUGCUAUUUCCACUCUUUUACCCACUUUUUCAAGUCCUGGGACGGUCACCAAAACUCCUAUUUCAUCAAUUUCUUCAGCAUCAAGUACAAUUAUCACUCCCACAGGUUCUACAGAAGGAACUGCACCUUUUACUUUAAGCACAACAACUCCAUGUUUCUGUCACGUAUCUGGAAUCACUGGUGGUUUAUUUUCCCCUGGGGAAGUAAUAUAUAAUCGGACUGAUAGUUCUGGAUGCAGUUUUUAUGCAAUUUGCAGCAAGACCUGUGAUGUUGAGAGAUCCCAGACAUGCGCUUCAACAACUCCUUCCCUUCCAACACCACCACCAUUUACAACUGAAGGAACAUCAUCUGCUCCAUCAACCCUGCACACCUCUUCAGCUGUACCAACAACACAAGCAACCGUAUCACCCUCAACUCCUCAAACUGAUUGUUUUAAUACUGAACCACCUAGAAAGUUCAAUGAAACUUGGAUGUUAAAUAACUGCACUAUGGCUAUUUGUGAAGGAAACAACAGAAUUGUUAUGGUGCCUCUGCCACAUGAAGAGAAGAUAACAUGUGCAAGUGGACUCUCACCUAUAAAAAUAGAAGACAAGGAUGGCUGUAUCAAAUAUGAGUGCGAAUGUAUUUGCAAUGGCUGGGACAAUUCUCAAUAUAUGACUUUUGAUGGCACUUCUUACACCUUCUUUGAUGAUUGUACCUAUAUCCUGGUGAAAGAGAUUGUGGCUGGAAAAGGAAACUUCAGUGUUUUGGUUGACAAUGGCUUCUGUAAUGCUCAAUCCUGUUCUAGAUCCAUCAUUGUAAAUUACAAUUCUAUACAAAUAGUACUAAGUAGCCAAAUACAUGAAGGAAUAAGAACUAACAAGGUUAUUUUCAACAAAAAAGUAGUCAAUGGAAGCUUCAGCAAGGAUGGUAUUUUAGUUAACAGUGCUGGUACUUCCAUGAGUGUUAACAUCCUCGACAUCCAGGCUUUUAUUUCUUUUGAUGGACUCACCUUCACAAUAAAACUCCCAUUCCAAAUGUUUCAACACAACACAGAAGGCCAGUGUGGGGUUUGUUCAAAUGACCAGUCAGAUGACUGCCGCCUGCCCAGUGGCCAUGAAGCUUCCUCUUGCUCAGAAAUGGCUUCCUCCUGGAAGGUUUAUGAUGAGACCAAGCCCUAUUGUGAAGGGACACGGGCACCAACUGUGUCAAGUUCACCUGUGACAAGCACAACACUUGCACCCUGCGUAUCUCCACUGUGUGAACUGAUUGUGAGCGAUACCUUUGCAGCCUGCCAUAAAGUUCUGCCUCCCACAGUAUUCUAUAAUGCCUGCCUCUCUGAAGCAUGUCAGAGCACCAAUGACACCAAUGAAUCCCAGACAUGUUACCAUGUGGAGACAUAUGCUUCCCUUUGCACAGCUAAAGGUUUUUGUAGUGACUGGAGAAAUGAAACCGAAGGGAAAUGCGCAUACUAUUGCCCGAAAGACAAGGUGUACGAUGCAUGUGGUCCUAUUCAUCCUGCCACCUGUGAUGAUAAAGGACAAGCUAACAAUGUUACUGAACAUGUUACUGAAGGAUGCUUCUGUCCUGAGGGCAAAAUCCUGUUCAAUUCAUACACUGACAUCUGUGUCCCAUGGCCAGGAUGUGCUUGUGUGGGACCAGAUGGAUUGCCCAAACUGCCUGGUGACAAAUGGAAGAGCAACUGUAAAGAGUGUGUCUGUGACCAGUUGUCUCUGAAUGUACAGUGUAAGCCAGUGGUCUGUCAGACACCUGAACCAGACAGAUGUGAGGAGGAAGGGUUCAUACCUGUCCCUGUGCUGACAGCAGAAGACCCAUGCUGUCCAGUUAUUCAAUGCCAAUGCAAUGUUAGUGCCUGCUCCAACAAGAAUAAAACUUGUGAACCUGGAUACAAGUUAGUCUCAGUCUAUUCUGAAGGAGCCUGCUGUGCCAGCAUCACAUGUGAACCAAUCCCAGAUGUCUGUGUGGUCAAUGGAACAGUUUACCAGCCUGAAACGCCCAUUCCUGUUCCAAGUGGUUCUUGUGAAACAUGCACCUGUAGUUCUGGAGAGAACCCAGACUCCUACUUUGUAAAGUGUACACCAGUUACAUGUGAUACAGCCUGUCCAAAGGGUUACGAGUACCAGGCAGAGGCUGGACAGUGUUGUGGGAAGUGCAUCCAGGUGGCUUGCAUUGUCAGAUUUAAUGACACCACUGAGUUGCUUAAGCCUGGUGAUAUCUGGCAGUCAGAAACUAACAACUGCAGUCGAUACGAAUGUGAGGAAAUUGAAAACGAACUUGUUUUAGUCAACGUUACAAUAAAAUGCCCCUUCUUUGAUCCAAAGGAGUGUGAUCCUAAUGAAAUUGAGCUCGCUCCUGAUGGCUGCUGUAAAACAUGCAAACCAUUGAAAGACUGCAAAGUUCGAAAGAAUCCAACUCUUAUCCGUCAAAAUGAGUGCAUAUCUUCUGAAGUUGUAGAAAUGACAUACUGUGAAGGAGCUUGUCCAAGUUCUUCAGUAUAUUCCAGUGAGGCAAAGGCAAUGCAGCACAAAUGUACCUGCUGCCAGGAGCUCAAGAGCCACAGGGAAGAGGUGACCUUGACGUGCCAGGAUGGCAGCAGCAUCAAUUAUGACUACAUCUAUGUGGACGAGUGCCAGUGCAUGACUGCAUGCAUCCCGGGAACCACAAUCCCAGUUUAGCUAGGGGAAAGAGAAGAAGAGUAUGCAUCCAUCCCAUCAUAAAGACUCCAACAAGCUCUAAAGCAACUAAAAGCAGUCACCACAAAGAAGAAAUGAUCUGUACAUCUGCUGCAGCUUGACUCUUUGGCUUUCAACUAUUGUCAUGCCUUUUUUUUUUCAUAUAGAGAUUUUGAAGUCCUAGAAUAACUAAAUAUCAGUUAUUUUAUUUUAUGUUUAAAACAAUAUCAAUUCAGAGUGGAGAAGUCUGAAACUUUACCCUGUUAUCACUGUGAACUGGCUUUUUAAUAUCUCUCACUAUGUCCCUGGAACAGUCAGUAGUGGCUUUUUCUUGGUCCACCGCCUAACAAAUUAAUGUCCUUUUUACUAUUUAAGAAAGCCCAGCCAUUCCAGCUAGCUGUUUGCAGAAUGAGUGUAUUCAGAAAAUCCACCAAGGAACCUUAAAAAUACAAUAAAGGAUGAUAGUGAUAUAGAACAUUUGUAUUGAAAACCAAACUCUCAUACUUUUUUCUGUGCUUUGCUAUUUAUUUGUGGCUACAGCCAUUUCUAAUACUAAGCAUCAUUUUCUGAAGAAGCGUUCUUUUGUACAGUAUCAACAGUCACCUGACUAGCAAAAAUACAGCUGCUUCCUUAUGUAUCUCUGUUUCUUAAGAUUAAUAAAAAAUUGUAAGCAUG